AACCGGAAAUACGCAGUCAGUUGUAUCCGCACACAUCCGCAGCACACUUGUGUAUGUAUUAAUGGAUGUUUAAGCGGUUUCUGCACACAUUUCAAGACGGCCUGGCUCGCAGGUCCAGUGCCUGUCCGCAAGCCGCAGGAGGGUGAGUGUGGGUGAGCCUCAAAACGGAGCCGCCAGCAACAUUCGCGCAACAAUGAGCUCGGGACAGCCGAGCGAUAGCAAGGAGCCGCGCGCAAGUCCGCUGCGCGAGGAGGAGGACGAGGAGGAGAGCGAUGAAGACAGGUGCUCCAGCAGACCAUCCUCUCCGCAGGCGGGCCGCGGGGGCGCCGGGACGCAGGGCAGCUCGAGGCUCGAGGCGGACGGCAGGACAGGCUCGGGGGGCAGGGGCUCGAGCGCCUGCGACUCUCUGUUCUCGUGGAUUUGCAGGAGGACAGUCCGCAGGGGGCCGUUUGUAGACCCCGCGCGGGAUCAUUUCCGUACCAUGACACGGCUUUAUUCGUCCAUGAGCCCGGCCACGGAUUCGGUGAACCUCAGUACACAAACCCACGGAGCUGUCUUCAACCUGGAGUACUCGCCAGACGGGUCAGUUUUGACAGUUGCUUGUGAGCAGACAGAAGUGCUUUUGUUUGACCCCGUUUCUUCCAGACAUAUCAAAACACUGGUGGAUGCUCAUGAGGACUGUGUAAACAACAUAAGGUUUCUUGACAACCGGCUGUUUGCCACCUGCUCUGAUGACACCACCAUCGCAUUGUGGGAUUUGCGUAACCUCAACUCGAAGGUGUGCACAUUGCAUGGCCACGCCAGCUGGGUCAAGAACAUAGAGUAUGAUACACACACUCGCCUGCUGGUGACGUCAGGAUUUGACGGAAAUGUCAUCACAUGGGAUACCAACAGGUUCACAGAGGAUGGCUGUCCACACAAGAAGUUUUUCCACACACGUUAUCUUAUGCGGAUGCGUCUGACUCCAGACUGCAGUAAAAUGUUAAUCUCCACCUCCUCUGGUUACCUGCUCAUCUUACAUGACCUUGAUCUCACCCAGAGCCUUGAGGUCGGCAGCUACCGCAUCCUACGGGCCCGCAGAGCUCCACUCAGCACAGAAUGUUCAGCAGCAGGUUCAUCAGCAGGUUCUAGGUCAGGAGGUUCCCGUCACACCAAUGACAGCAAAACCCAUCCACACAGAGAGGGUCUGUCACCCAGAAACAGUCUUGAGGUUUUAACCCCGGAGAUCCCAGGCGAGAGGGACCGCGGGAACUGCAUCACCUCCUUGCAACUUCACCCUAAAGGCUGGGCCACGUUGUUACGCUGCUCCAGCAACAUGGACGACCAGGAGUGGACGUGUGUGUACGAGUUUCAAGAGGGAGCUCCGCCUCGACCUCCGGUGUCUCCUCGCUGCUCUCUGCGUCUCACGCACUACAUCGAGGAGGCUAACGUCGGACGAGGCUACAUUAAGGAGCUGUGCUUCAGUCCCGACGGCCGGCUCAUCUGCUCGCCUUACGGUUACGGCGUGCGCUUGCUGGCGUUCGAUGAGCACUGUGCCGAGCUGACGGACUGCAUGCCUGUGCGGACGGCUCUGCUGCGGGAGAUUCGCUCCAUCUACUCUCACAGCGACGUGGUGCUCACCUCCAAGUUCUCACCCACUCACUGUCAGUUCGCAUCGGGCUGCCUUAGCGGACGCGUAGCUCUGUAUCAACCACACUUUUAACACAUACAAAUGCAUUAGAAUUUACACUGAUCGCUGGACUAUUCGGAAGAAGCUUCUGAUUGGUCAGGCGGAUAAUGGGAGAACGAAACUACCUUAAACAGAGUGUGUGGUAUUUUAAUUUUUUUGGUGUGUGUGAGGUCACACUGCAUGUGAAUGACCUUCUACAUGUUUGUCAUUUUUUAGAUGUAAUUGUUCUUUACGCUGUGUAAACUAAAGCAAGAAUGAAAGCAAACAGCAUUAGUUUUUCUCCACAAUAGAGAUUGAAUGAGUCACGCGAGCAUUGGAGAAUUAUCUUUUGGUUGCUCAUCCAUGCAGCACUGCAGUAACCGCUCAAGCCAAUCAUUUUCAUGCAACUGUAAGCAGUUCAGCAGUUCCAAUGGCAAUUUUUGCAUUUGGCCAAACAUUUUAGACUUUGCAAUGCCAUAUUCGUUUUCAGAAACAUUUUUUCUGGAAGUACUUCACUUUUACUAAUCGUUAGUUUUAUUUUUGGACUGCUUGUCUGUAACAACACUAACUGAAGUCUGAUUCAGAGAUUGUCAGUGCAGUAUGUACCAUGUACGUGUGAGUAUUGGGAUGAAUACGACUUCUGCUGAUGGUUGACUGAAUGGAUUGGGAAUUUUGUAAUGUUCUGUUUUUCAUAUGCUUCUGGCCUCUACAUGGACAAUCAGCAGUUAUGAAAUGUUUAGAUGCUCACGUCAGUGGGAGCUUUGAACUCUAGACGUGAGGACAAUGGGAGAAGGCCGGUUUAACUGUUGGAUGAGUGUUUUAUACAGAUAAGUUUAGCUUUCUUAAAAUGAAAAAAAGAGGACAAAAUCUGAAUGUUCAGCUUUUCUGGGACUGGUAUCAGUUAGUCAUCCUUCUCAGUUAUUAAAACAAUGACCGCUCUUGAACAUGGAAAUUUAAAAGCAGAGUAACAGUGAGAGUUACCUUUAUUCAUCCACGAUUCUUAUUUGAUUCACUUUAUUCAUGUUCACAAAACUAAGGAUGCAGUGGUACAGAUGUAUUAAAUAAAGAAACCUUUUCAUAUCUUUUGUUUGGCAUGAGAAAGAAAAAUGCUGUACAAAAAAAAAGGACCGUUGUUAAGAAAAAAUGAGACUUGUAUUAGCAUACAUUCUGACGGAUUGCACUGAAUAUGCGUUGGCAUCUGGAACCUUUGAACAGAUUAUUUAGGACCAGCAUGACGCUUCAGGUCAAGCUCUGGAUAGGGGAAAUGUCAUUUUUGUAAAACUCUGGUGUUCCAUCAUCCAUAUGCAAUAGAAAACAUGUAGAAUUUAAUAUUAUAAAACGGAUAGCUUCUGUCCUUGAUUCUGAUUGGUUGUAAAUUACUCUACAAACAUUUUCUCUGCUUCUGUGUGUUGCUCAGCAACCACUUUGUUGCAACCCCAUCCGUUUCUGAAGAACUACAUUGUUUGGCAGAAGAACAAUGUUUUUAUUAAUAUCAUUACAUUUUAUUUGCUUUGUUCAUUUUGUAAAACCUUGCUAUGUAUAUGGAAUAACCGUUUUAUAAAAGCAAUAAGCCCCAUGAAGCUGUGAUUUACAGUGAAUUUAUAACAGCUAAGGGGGUUUUAGGCACAUCAACACCCCUUACUGUAAUAAAUUCACUUUAAACCAUGGCUUUUGGAGGCUUAUUGCUUUCUUUUCAUAUAGCAGAGGGUUUUAGAUAAUAUAUACAAUACCACUCAUAGGUAUGAAAUCAUUAAGAUCUUUUCAAAUGUUUUUGAAAGAAAUCUCUUACGCUCACAAGGCUGCAAUUAUUUGAUCAGUAAUACAGUAAAACAGCAUUAUUGUGAAAUAUUACAAUUUAAAGUGACUUGAUGUUUGAUAAUUUGAUAUAUUUUAAAAUGUAAUUUAUUCAAUGUCAAAGCUUGUGAUGUUUCAGCAGUCACUACUCCAGUCUUCAGUGUCACAUGAUCCAUCAGAAACCGUUCUAAUAAUAUUUCUUCUUGUUAUCAAUGUUGAAAACAGUUGUGCUGCUGAAUUUUUUUUUUUUUUUUUUUUUGAGGAAACCAUGAUGAUUUUUUCAGGAUUCUUUGAUGAAUAGAAAGUUCAAUAGAACAGCAUUUAUUGGAAAUAGAAAUCUUUAUAACAUUAUAAAUGUCUUUACUGUCAUUUAUGAUCAGAUAAUUGCAUCCUUGCUUUAUGAAAGUAUUCAUUUCCUUCAAAGCAAAAAACUUACUCCAAACUUUUGAAAGGAAGUGUAUAUAAUAGUUUGAAAGCAGAGGUGUGGAAAAUGAACUGGGUUGCUCAGGAAGUGUGAAACCCACAGGAAAACCAAAAAAAAAAAAAACAUUUACCAAUUGUAGAUUGUUUCUUAAAGUGAUGUACAAACAUUUUGUACACGAGUAACAGAGUGAUAAUAUACAAUCUUUUAUCCCGAUGAAUGUCAGUAACCACAAUCCAAAUAAUGUAUAAUCAGACAUUUUGUGUAAAGGGGAUGUGAAUCAAUAUAUUCAAUUCAAUUCAAUUCAA